AUGCCUCACAGCAAUCAACCACCCUCUUCGGUACCAAAGGAGGGACUGUACAAAUUAUUUCCCCCCCAGAAUCCUCAAGAAGAAGAGAGGGGCAAGGCCAGAGCAAAUCGAACCGUAGACCGACCAGAUCCUGGAGCAAUUGAGCCACGAAAAGGGAAAUGGAAGGGAGGAAAAGGUCAACUCCCAAUUCAAUCGAUCGUUGAGAAGUGCGUACCAUCGGCAUCCAAAGGUCCAGAAGAGUCAGGCCAUACGCAACCACCACCAAGCCGUGGAUCCUCCGCCCUCAGGGAAUUCGACUUCGAUUUCUCGGAAUCACAACCCUCGGCUGACGAUGCACCACCACCUGCCCAAUACUUCUUCUUCUACGGAGAACUAGACGACAACGAAAGGGUACGCCUCCUCUUCCACCGCUUGAAAUGUGCCGUCGAACUCCAAUCCGCAACACUUCACGGCUACGAGACAGUUACUACCCAGCCGCCGAAGUUCACUAUCACCCUGGCAUCCGGUAAGACUGAAGGUAUUAAAGGCGGCCUGUACAAGAUCAGAAAUGAAACCGAACUAGAGCUCCUGGAGAUCAAAAGCGCCCCGUACUCUCGCAUCGCUGAGGUCGAGGUCGAGAUGGAUUCGAACAUGUUGGAUUGGGGGAAGAAAAAGAAGAAGCAGUGUGCCUUGACUUUUGUGGCGAAUUCGAUCUCGAAAGCUGGGCUCAAGCGUACACCAUCUGGCCGGCUCAAGAUCGAACAUUAGGUCUGGUGGAUCGAGGGACCUACCCAUAGGCACAUUUGAAUGACACCAUAGACGGGCACCACGACGAUGAAUAUAAAGUUUCAGAGGAGGGGGGAGGCAAGACACUAAUCAAUAUUCAAGCAUAUACUUAGAUUUGAUACAUAGAUGGCUGGAAGCAUAGGAUAG